CUUUUCCGGUCGGCCAUUUGCCUUGGCGGGAGGCCGCAGCAGCUAUGGCGCCCAGCCGCAAUGGCAUGAUCCUGAAGCCCCACUUCCACAAGGACUGGCAGCGGCGAGUGGCCACAUGGUUCAACCAGCCCGCCCGCAAGAUCCGCAGGAGGAAAGCUCGCCAAGCCAAGGCUCGCCGUAUUGCUCCCAGGCCUGUGGCUGGGCCCAUCCGACCUAUAGUGAGGUGUCCAACCAUCAGAUAUCACAAAAAAGUCCGUGCUGGCAGAGGCUUCAGCCUGGAAGAGCUUAAGCUCGCUGGCAUUAACAAGAAGUUUGCUCGGACUAUUGGGAUCUCGGUGGAUCCCCGGCGGCGCAACAAGUCAACAGAGUCCCUGCAGGCCAACGUGCAGCGGCUGAAGGAGUACCGCUCCAAACUCAUCCUCUUCCCAAGGAAGCCAGCAAUGCCCAAGAAGGGCGACAGCUCUCCUGAGGAACUCAAGAUGGCAACUCAGCUCACUGGACCAGUCAUGCCGAUCAAGAAUGUUUUCAAGCGGGAGAAGGCCCGUGUCAUCUCAGAAGAUGAGAAGAACUUCAAAGCCUUCGCCAGCCUGCGCAUGGCCCGGGCCAACGCCCGGCUCUUUGGGAUUCGUGCAAAACGCGCCAAAGAAGCAGCAGAACAGGAUGUGGAGAAGAAGAAAUGAACUGUUCUCCCUCGAGCUGUCAAUAAAAAAGUGUAAAAACAGGAGUGGGGCUCU